AACAAUGACAUAAAGAUUAUUUUUAUCCAACGGUGAUCUACCCAAGAUUUGAUACGAUUUUAUUUUCUUGCCUAUAAAUAUGCAUUCAUUCCAAGCACUUUGAAGAGAGUUUGGAAAUUAAAUAUAUCUUAAAUAUAUUUUUCUAAAAUUAAAAUCUCUCUGAAAAUUGAAAUGGAAGGGAUGAAUAUGUCAACUUCUAUUCUCCCUCCUGGAUUUAGGUUUCAUCCAACUGAUGAAGAGCUUAUUGCUCAUUAUCUGAAAAAGAAGGUGAAUUCGCCUACUAGCCCUAUGGUAUCCAUUAUUGCUGAGAUUGAUCUAUAUAAGUUCAACCCCUGGGACCUUCCUGACAAGGCCUUGUUUGGGGAGAGCGAGUGGUUUUUCUUUACCCCAAGAGACCGAAAAUAUCCAAACGGUGCUCGGCCAAACAGAGCAGCCGCAUCUGGGUAUUGGAAAGCCACCGGAACCGACAAGCCAAUCAUUUCAUCGUAUGGCUCACAGUGUGUUGGUGUGAAAAAAGCUCUCGUGUUCUAUGGUGGUCGUCCUCCGAAGGGCAUCAAAACCGACUGGAUGAUGUACGAGUAUAGACUUCUCGAUGAGAGUCGUCACUCCAUGAGAGUUAGAGGAUCAAUGAGGUUAGAUGAUUGGGUUCUAUGCCGGGUUCGCCAAAAGAGCAACAUACCAAUUCCAACCAAAGACAGCCGAGAAAGCAGCAGCAGCAACAACAACAACAACAAAAGCUUCCCUCAUCAACUCGACCACGGUCAAUUCCAAGAAAAAGACAUCAUGGAAAAAAUGAACUACCUCAAAGACUCCGACUUAAUGGUUCCUCAAGAAGGAGAAGUAUUAGAUGAACAUAGUGCGCAACUCGACUUCCAAAACCAAUCUUCCUCAAACGACUUUGUUUUCGACAUCAACUCCGAAAUCCAAUCCCCCACAAUUGUCUCCAUGAAAGCCGCGCUGGAUAAAAUCAAAAGGGUUUUGUCGAUUGGAGCCAUGGAUGAACAAGUCCCGAUAAUAACCCCAAACAAGAGAUUGCGUUCGCUCAAUUAUACCAACUUGGACAAGUCUAGCAUUUUCGAAAUCUCUUGGAAUGUUUAAUAAAUCAUAUAUUAGCUGAUAUCAGAUAAUAUCAAUAUAUAUUGAUAUUUAAAACUCUGAGCUUCAAAUACAAAUGAAUUUUCUUCAUUGUAGCCUUUAGGUGUUAGUUGAUGUAGUAAUAUUAUUCUGUCAUCAAUAACAUGGAAGUGUGCAUGGCUGUCCCUUUGUCUUGUGCA